CAUAUGUUUAUGUUUAUUAGAAUCGCACGUGCACGUUUUUAAUUGAACUGUUUUAAAUUGUUUGCCAGGAGGUUAACAUGAAGCAGAAACACACGAAACAUAAGGCUAAGCCAUACCGGCAGGUGGCCCCCGUUCGCAAGAAUGAGAAAUUUUCGAAAAACUACAGCUACAUACAGAGAAGCAAGCAAAUGGAGGAGUCGCACAGAAAGGAACGACUCCCGGCCUUGACAGGGAACAACUCCUUUGAGCCUGUAGCAGAUCUGCUGCCCGAAUUGCAAAACGAUGUCGACCAAACUGGAUUCUAUGAGCAGCUGGUGAAUGGAUUCAACAGCGUACAAACGAGCCGCCUUCUCAGCACAAACGAAAGCGACGGUACCUCGUUGCCUGAACCAGUGAAAACAGUUGAGAAAGAGAGCAAGACUCCUGUCCAAACGCAUGAUGACUUUGAUUCGUACAAUUCGUUUUCGAAGCGAUUCGAUUUCGAUCUAUCAGCAGAAAAUAUCAACGAUUUGAUCUCGCGUAAGGAUGCCACAUUGAUCAAGAGCAGUUGGCCGGCAGUGGGAAAUCUAAAGUUUGAGAUUCCGCAACUAGAUGCGAAUGCCCAAAAUCCCGACUGCAGUCCACCGAGUGACAUUUCCAACUCCUCUGAUCUCCAAAAGUUGGAGGUCAAAAUGUCCAUAUGCGCCAAGGUUGCAUAUCCCCUUUCUGCGCUACAAUCUGAGCUCUUUCAUAUUGCGAACAACUAUCAGGACCUGUACUAUCCCCACCGAACACACAGCAAUGCCGAAGAGAUUCGGUACAUGUACUGCCUGCAUGCGCUGAACCACAUGCUGAAGGUAAGAUCCCUGAUUCUGCGUAAUAAUGAGAAAGUGGCGGCACUCGCCAAGUCACUAAAGUUGUCACCGAAUGAAAUUUCAAUACCGGAGACAUUUAGAGACCAGGGACUCAAGCGGAUGAAGGUGCUUUUUAUUGUGCCCUUCAGAGAGUCAGCCUUAAAGAUUGUUAAGCUUAUCGGAGACUUACUAUUUGGCAUUCAAGAUGAUCAAGCCCGGAAAAAUUCAAUGGCAAAUUAUGAGCGGUUCGUUCAAGACUACUCGGGAAAUACGAUAUACUUCCCAAAAACGAACCCAAAACCAUUCGACUAUGAGCAAACAUUCAGUGGAAACACAGAUGACAACUUUAAAAUUGGAUUGCGCUUCACAAAGAAAGCCGUUUCUCUGUUUUCCGAUAUGAACGCCUCAGACAUAUUGAUCGCCUCUCCGCUGGGACUGCGAAUGCUUGUCACGGACAAGGAGAGUGACUUUGACUUCCUAAACUCAAUUGAGCUGCUCAUAAUCGACCAAGCGGAGCUUUUCCUCGCUCAGAACUGGGAGAAUCUUCUGCACUCGCUGGACCACCUUCAUCUGCAGCCACAGAAGCUGCCGGACACCAAUUGUCAACGUGUUCGGACUUGGUGUCUGAGCGGAGCAUCCAGCUUCUACCGCCAAACCUUAUUUUUCUCAUCCCACGAACUUCCUGAAUUUCGGGCAGUGCUCAACAGCAAGUGUCAAAACUACCAAGGCAAAGUGCGGAUCACAAAUCUAGUGGAACAUGGCGAUAUCCGGAAUGUCAUCACGCCAAUUCAGCAAGUUUUCCGCCGAAUCAACUGCACCAAUGUAGAGUCCUCAUUUGAUGAUCGCUUUCAGCAUUUUGUCAAGCACAUAAUGCCCCAGUUUAGUAAGCCCGGCUUCUCGCAUUGUAUGCUGUACGUGCCCAGCUAUUUCGACUUUGUGCGCAUACGCAAUCAGUUCAAAACAGAUAUGAUUAGCUUUGUGCAGAUCAGCGAAUACACAAAGAAGGAAAAGAUUUCCCGGGCGAGAGACAUAUUCUUCCACAGCGGAGCGUCUGUGCUGCUCUAUUCGGAAAGGGCUCACUUCUUUCGACGCACCCGAAUCAAGGGUAUACGAAAUUUAAUUAUGUACCAGCCGCCCAACUUUCCGCACUUUUACUCGGAGCUCAUCAAUCUGAUGCUCGAAUCCAACCAGAAUCCGCGAGAUGGCUUUGGAGAUGAAAUGAGUGUCAGUAUAUUGUAUACAAAAUAUGAUCUUCUGAGUCUGAGCAACGUCGUUGGAAGCGAGAAUGCGCUUAAGUUGACCACGGGGAAAAAAGAUUCCUACCUCUUUUCGACCAAGACAUAAAUAGCUCAGACCUUACACAAUGAACGUUUGUACAUAUUCGUUUAAUGAAAAUAUAUGUGUCAUUGCAAAACGAAAA